UAAUAAAUUUAUAAAUUAUUACAUUUUGGCUAUUAUUAACGACGAUAUUUAUUACAAUAUUUUAUAUUCUCAAACUAUUAACUGUUUAAUUAUCAGAUUAGUUCAAACUAAGAUUUUUAAACAUAUUUGAUUUUACAUUGAAUUUUAAAAGAAGUUGUAAUAUUAGUAAUUUUUUAUUUCAUUAUGGCUGCUCCAAUGGAACGUAUUCAAGCUCUAGAAUUAAUUGAAAAGGACAUAAUAACAUGUUUACAAAGCGCUGGUCAAGCAUUAUUAGAACUUAGUAAGGAAAAAUCCAGUUUAAAACAAGUAGAGAACCAAUCACACCAGUUCUUAAAAAGUUUAGGUAAUGUUGAAUCAAAGCUAACUGAACAAAUAAAUUACUUGACUCAAGUAUCUACUGGUCAGCCAUAUGAAAAUAGUGGGUAUGCAUCACAAAAAGUUCUCCAGAUGGCUUGGCAUCGUCUUGAACAUGCAAGAAGUAGGGUUAAAGAAUUGGAACGUUCUAAAAAUAAAUAUCUCCAGGAUCAAGAACAAUUAAAAGGAAAUGUCUCAAAUUUAUUAUAAUGCUUUGUGAUUCUUAAGUUGUAACUAAAAUUAAUUGUCAUUAAAACUAUGUGGAGUCAUAAAGUAAUCCUAUUAUAGAAAAUUAUUUUUUACUAUUGAUGAAAUAAUUGUUUUU